AUGCCCCAACCUACCAGCAGAGCUCAGAAAUGGAGUGGGACUAUGGUUGGUCUUUUACCAAUUGUAAAAGAAGAUGCCGAUAAAUCGGGAAAGAAGAUGUUUGUCGACUUCAAGUGUGUGGUCUGGCAUACUGCCUUUGGUGUUCUACUCAAACUUCUGAAGGAGUACGCGCCCACGGGAGUUAGCAUAUUGUGUGGCGAUGACAUAGUCCGCCUCCUCAUUCUGAUAAUUCUCAUUCUAUCAGCUGAUCAUGAAGAGCAAUGUGUGAUGGCAGCAGUUCGGGGAUUUUGCAGCAGUUUCCCAUGUCCUGUAUGCCUUGUCCCACAAGAUUGGCAGUAUAUGAUGACCAAGAGGUAUUCACUCCAAACGGUCGAGGAAAUGCAUGCAGAGUUUUUAGCUGCCUCUGCGGGCAAUCACCAAUCACGAGAGGACAAUCUGAAGGCUAUCGGUCUCCAAGGCAAUGACAAUGUUAGAAUGUAUUCUGGGACAUCAAGCACACAGAUAUUUAUGCUGGCCCUUUCAUUCGACCGUCUACAUGCCUACAAUGGAGGCUUGUUCAGUGACCAUCUCCUGGAAGAAUUCCUGAAAAUCCUAGAUAGGAGUGAGCAUAAGCAUGGUGCAUUGUUUGAGAAACAGUACAUAUACUCUGUUUUGCUGAUCAUACCUCCUAAGAUCAACAUUGAACUCGCACACUCAAGAUUGGCCAACUUUCCGUGCUGGUGCGAUCUAAAUCAUUUCAACAAGGUUGCGAGGUUCCGAGAGUUUACAGACGGGCGAAAGUAUGAAGAUCUCUCAAGGGUCAUUAUCUUUGCAUCACAAAAUAUCCUUCCUGUUGCUGACAGCAAAUGCGGCUACCAACUCCUACGUCUCAUGCACAGCUUUUGGAACUCGACAUGGCAUGGCAUCACUCGCAACAUGAUCACAAAGUUCUCAGAGGCAAUGCACCAUUGGCUCAAGGAAUAUUAUGGGAGGAUCAACUUUAAGAAUGUUGACGGCCAGAUUUCUCAGCUACAUGCAUGGAGUCUUGUUGCACUGCUCAUACGAGAGGCUAUUGCCCGGGACAAAGCUGCUCGAUUAGAUGAAGAAGAGGCAAAGAAGGCGGAAGAGGAGCUGGGUGAGGAUGUGACAGCAGUCGGCCAUGUCACCUUAGAGGGGCCAGAGGUUCAGCACAUUAUCGCAGGAUCAUCUAUCAAGAACAUCACAUUGUCAGACGUUGUAAUGCACAUCCCUAAAGAUUACACGUCCACAUUUAAUGACUUGCGGAAGAAAAUCUCCACAAGGCUAGCAACGGAAUUGGGGCGCCCAGUCAAUCUACAUGGCGAUCAUAAAGUAACACUCUACUGGUACAUCAAGGUCAACUAUACCUCCUUUGAAGAUUCAACUGUCACCACAGAUUUUCUACGCAUGAACAAAGAGUACCAUGGUCAAGAGCAGUAUGACAACACCUUGCUGAGCAUCUACAAUAGUGGAUUGGUGUUUGUCCAACUUCUGGGAGUUAUUGGAGUGGCGUUGGAUGGUAUCGAGCAUCUGGUUGCACUUGCCAUCCCCUAUGAUCAGCCAUUGACUGGAACAGACCCUUCAAUAAGGCAUCAAGACCACGAUCUGAGAUUGCAUCAAUUCCGAAAACGAAAACGGUCAGACUCAGUGGUUGUUUUAGCAAGCACUAUUGUUCGCGGAGCCUUACUCGUAGAAGACCACCUGGAGGAGAUCGGGGACAAGUUACCUGCUCAUUGA